AGGCAAUACGGAUUUUGCAGAAACUGGCAGCCACGUCACCGCCACAGGUCUGACAAACUUUCCCAGCCCUUUGCGGACAGUGCUGCAGAGGAAUCCCUAUGCAGAAUAUCUAGAAUGAGCAUUUAUGAGCAUUUGUAGUGAUUUCCAAAGAACAAGAGGACAUAACAUUUGGGAACAUUGGAGUUAUUUUUUUUAGAGGAGUAUCAUUUUACAUACGUUAUUGUUUUGACAUCGCCUGAAGACUACAUUGAGGCCUCAUUCUUACAGAUUUGUACCAAUAUUUCGGCUCUUUAUUUUUGGAAUACCAAAACAGCACUAUGAAUAUCUUCCGUCUAGCCGGUGACGUGUCACAUAUCGUUGCUAUCAUCAUUCUAUUAGUGAAGAUAUGGAGGUCCAAAUCCUGUGCUGGUAUUUCUGGGAAGUCUCAGGUGCUUUUUGCAUUAGUCUUUACUACAAGAUACUUGGACCUGUUCACGAGCGUAAUCUCCAUCUACAACACAGUUAUGAAGGUGGUGUUCCUGGCUUUGGCAUAUGCCACUGUGUACCUGAUCUACAUGCGAUUCAGGAGCACCUUCAACUCAGAGAGUGACUCAUUCCGUGUUGAGUUCCUGCUUGUGCCUGUGGCUGGGCUUUCCUUCCUGGAAAACUAUGCAUUUGCCCCCCUGGAGAUCCUGUGGACCUUCUCCAUCUACUUGGAGUCGGUGGCCAUCUUGCCCCAGCUCUUCAUGAUCACCAAGACCGGCGAGGCAGAGUCCAUCACCACCCACUACCUGUUCUUCCUGGGUCUCUACCGAGCCCUGUACCUGGCCAACUGGGUGUGGCGCUACCACACCGAGGGCUUCUUUGACCAGAUUGCUGUGGUGUCCGGUGUGGUGCAGACGAUUUUCUACUGUGACUUCUUCUACCUUUACGUUACCAGGGUGCUCAGAGGAAGUGGAAAGAUGUCCCUGCCCAUGCCCAUCUAAAGAGAGUCAGUGCUGUUUUACGCGACAGUUGAGCAGUUCAGUAACUGAAAGCACCUCUGCCCUCCAAUCAUACUUAGUAAUGGACUACAGUCUGCAGUGUCACAGUACCUACCCCCUGUAUACCCUGGGGGGUAUAUACUGUACCCAGAGGGCAACUGUCGUGUUGUUGGUACCUGGUGUGUUUGUUGGUGUGCUUUUCCCUAGACUAAAAUGACCAAAGAACGUUGUCCCAUGUUUUUGUGCAUGAGUGUGUGGAACUGAAUGUUAAUGGGAAUUGAGUAAAUUGAAUACUGUGGGAAUUUUCUUUUUUAUUAUACUUUUUUUAAUGGAGGCAGAUAUUGUCCCUCUUAAAUUAGUCCAAUGGAGUUUGUGCCUUAUUUUUCUUUUUCUAGUAAAUGGCAUAUUUUGAAUGUCUUAUUACAUCAAAAUGGUGUAAACAUUGUAUAUAUGUGAGACAUUUGUUCCGCUUUCCUGUCUUUUUACAAUUUCUACAUAUAACAGUGACCAACCUUCAAGGCUUACAUUGUUUCACCAAGCAGAGUUCAUUGGGAGUCUUGUAUUUAGGCUGCUCUGGGCGAUAUUUGCCAUCCUUGUCAAGAGUUAUGCUAUGUUCUUCCCUUUAUGGAAAUAAGUCCAUGGAGAUGCCAUACAGAACGCACUGUCAUGUAUGUACUCUUAUAUCCGUCCACUUCUUGACUGAACCAAGGUUCUUCUUAAAUACGUUGUAUUCUGUACUUUGAUUUUUACCAGUCAUUUCCAUUCCUUUAAUAUUAAUGCAUUUCAUUAAGCAGAACGAAUACACAUUUGUGAUGUCACAGUUCAAACUAAAUAUAUUUUCUAUGCGA